CAUGGCGGUCUAGGCAUUAAGGGAUAGCAAACGGUUCGGUCGUUCAGGCCCCCGGUGGUCAGAGAGGCUCAUCCUUAGAGCACUGGCUGUAUACUACAGCACGGGCUGUACCCUUAGUUCCAGGCCAUCCGGUGGAGGAUGGUUCAUCGUGUUCCCUGGCUGACCUUAGCACCUCCUCUUCCGGUCGAAUGUUUCCGGUGUGAGUCUCCAUGGCCCGGUUGCUGCUAUCGUUGGUCGCGCUGCUCCUGUGCGGCGCUGUACAGCCGCUCUCCUUCCCGCUCCAGCCGAACAGUCGAAAAUGUCUGCGGGAGGAGAUCCACAAGGACGUGCUGGUCACCGGGGAGUACGAGGUGUCCGAGCAGCACAGCCAGGGCCAGGUCCGCCUUAAGAUCACAGACUCGGCGAAUCACAUCCUCUACUCCAAAGAUGACGCCAUCAAGGGCAAGUUUGCGUUCACCACCGAGGAGUAUGACAUGUUUGAAGUAUGCUUCGAGAGCAAGUUCCCCGCAGGCGCCGGCCGCGUCCCGGACCAGAUGGUCAAUCUAAUCAUGAAACACGGAGUGGAGGCCAAAAACUACGAAGAGAUAGCAAAAGUGGAGAAGCUGAAGCCCCUGGAAGUGGAGCUCCGGCGUCUCGAGGACCUGUCCGAGUUUAUUGUUAAUGACUUCGCCUACAUGAAGAAGCGCGAAGAGGAGAUGAGAGACACCAAUGAAUCCACCAACGUGAGGGUCCUGUACUUCAGCGUCUUCUCCAUGUGCUGUCUCAUGGGUCUGGCCACCUGGCAGGUCUUCUAUCUGCGGCGCUUCUUCAAAGCCAAGAAACUCAUCGAGUGAUGAAGCCCCGGCGGUCUCUUCCUCCUGAGGGAAGCGCUUUGCGGACGUUCUUCCAGCCCCUGCUCUGUAUAUAAAUGCCCGGCACCACCUGGUAUUACCCCUCCGACGUCCCUCUGUCUAUCCUGGGAUUAGCACAGUUGCCCCCUUGUUACCCUCUGCUGGGGUGAUUAUUCUGCUGUAAAUUUUGGAUAUUUUGACAUUAAAAUGGGGAGAAUCUCCGUGGGGAUUUCUGGA